CGUCAAAAUAGCUACCAGCGUAUCAUCAGCUGUAACAAAAAUCGUACAAAAGCCUGAGAUGUUGCUCAUCUCAAAUACCUUGCAAGAGAAAUCUUCUUGAUACUAGCUAUACUUAUGGCUGAAUAUACUCCCAAUUCCUUCAAAAUUCUGCUAGGAAAACUUGUCAAGACUCCCGAGUAUUUCACUCCGGAAGACCUUGAACUCUCACUUCAUCACCUUUUCACCCCCGAUGCUGCCUUUCCCGCACAAACAGGUGCAUUCCUUGCUGCCCUCCAUAUAGGAAGAGUGGAAAGACGUCCAGAAUUCCUUGCAGCGGCUGCUAAAGUCCUAAGGGCGCGCGCGUUACAAGCAGCCAUCGAGGAUAGAGACACGGAUUUUGUAGUCGAUAUCGUUGGAACUGGAGGAGAUGGUCACAACACGUUUAACGUUAGCACCACAGCAGCCGUCGUUGCUGCAGGCGCAGGUGCUCGAGUAAUCAAGCAUGGAAGCAAGGCUUCUACAUCUUCAUCUGGUUCAGCAGAUCUUCUGCAAUCCCUUGAUUGUUUAUUCACUGCCCCUUCACAAGGCACUUCCUUUCAGAUAUCUAAGGUGCCGUUCACCUUCAUCCUCGCGCCUCAUUACCAUCCUGCGCUCGCUAUGAUUGCACCAUACCGCAAGUCCUUACCGUUCAGAACGCUCUUCAAUGUCCUUGGACCCCUCAUAAACCCUGCACGUCCACGAGGCAUGGUACUGGGUGUGGCUGAGCGUGAGCUUGGUCCUACCUUCGCUCAGUCCCUACAUGAGGGUGGCGUCGAACGCGCUCUCGUGGUAUGUGGAGCCGAAGGACUUGAUGAGAUCAGCUGUGCAGGCAACACACACGCGUGGCAAUUAGUGGAUGGCAACAUUACCGAAACCACGUUGCACCCAGAUCUUUUCGGAUUGAGCACCCAUCCACUUACAUCCGUAGCUGGCGGAACGCCAACAGAGAACGCAGAGACAUUCAAAGCGCUCCUCAACUCCGGUAAUGACAUACCAGAGUCAUUAAAGCCUGUUCUGCACUUCGUCUUGUUGAAUGCAUCGGCGCUUCUGGUUGUUGCAGGUUUAGCUUCAGACUUCAAAGAAGGGGUUGCGCUAGCGAUGAAUAGCAUAACUUCGGGGAGCGCAUGGGAUGCAUUUGUAGUGUUUCGAAAUGCUAGUAGGGAGGCAGUAAAGGAGACCAACGAAGUCGAAAAAAAGGAAAUCUAGAUGCAUAACCAAGAUACCCGCCUGCAUACGCAUGCCUCGAGUUCUUCAUUCAUCAACACUAGUGUCAUUGGUGUUCAGUUUUUCCUGCCAUGUGGCCAUAUGCUUUCACGUGUAUGUAUAUCACAUAGACCAUGAAUCGCGGGAUGCUUAUCUUUGGUCGGACUACAAUCAGUCGUAGUUGCACACUGGGCGCGUAUGAAACGGUCCGAACUCUCUUAG